AUGAGCCGGGAUCUUUUUCUCUGCAUUGUCCGGACGUUGGAGGGACGUGAUGAGUACUUCCGGUAUCGGGAAGACGGCAUCGGCAGACCCGGACUUACACCGUUACAGAAGUCCACGGUUGCGAUCCGUCAGUCGGCCUACGACACCACAACGGAUAUGUUCGACGAGUACCUUCACGUCGGGGAGACAACCGGCCGCAGUUGUCUAAAGAAUUUUUGUAGGGGAGUUGUGGAGGCUUUUGGCAACACAUAUUUGCGACCCCCGACUGCUGAUGAUUACCAGAGCCUGAUGAGGAUGCACGAGACGGUGCACGGCAUCCCUGGAAUGCUAGGGAGCAUCGACUCCGGGUCGAACAACGACAUCAACGUUCUCAACUCGUCCACCCUCUUCGCCGAUCAAUGCAGGGGUUGCGGCCUGUCCAUCGAGUUGACUGCCAACGGCCGUAGAUAUCAUAUGGGGUACAACUUGGCCGAUGGAAUAUACCCAAGGUGGCAUGUCUUUGUGAAGACGAUCAGCUGCCCAAUUGGGCAGAGGAGAGUGUUGUUUGCGGCAAAGCAGGAGGUUGCGCGGAAGGAUGUGGAAAGGGAUUUUGGUGUGCUCCAAUCGCGGUGGGCAAUAGUGAAAGAUCCAGCGCAUGUGUGGUUCAAGGAAGUCAUCGCCGAUAUCAUGUAUGCGUGCAUCAUCUUGCACAACAUGAUAGUCGAACAAGAAGUUGGACAUGUCACCGAUUGGAUCGAUGAUGAAGCCGGAUCUAGCUCCAGCACGGUGACCCCGCCUGUCACUCGAGGAUUACCGAUGGGCUUCGGUGAGGUUCUAGAGAGACAGACCUCAAUGCGCAGCCAACAAGACCAUGCAGCGCUGAUGAACGACAUGAUUGAAGAAGUUUGGAAGCGCCAAGGCCAUUGA